AUGAAUAGGCUUCUUAUCUAUCUCCGACUAUUCACAUUCUUGCGGCUAUCACUCUCAUCUCGGGUCCCGAAGUACCACUCGUCUAAGGAGUUGGAUCAUUUCACACUAACAUACGGAAUACUCACAGGUCUUGUCCUCUCAGACCCUUCAACAAUCGGUCUCCGUCUUCAGGGUUCACUCUUCAUGUCUAUCAACUGUAUCCAGGCCUCGAUUCGCCUAGCUAUCCGUCCAUUGGUCUAUAUUCGUGCAACUGGCUUACCGCGACCUGAAAGCCCGUACACACCUCCACUUUGUUUCACCGAGGCACUCCUAUCAUCUUGCCUCCAGCCCCACUAUCCUACGGCCCCGGCCAAUGCCUGUUGCACUAAGGUCGGAAAGAUCCUCCAUCACCAUGUGUCGCUACCGCUGAACUCUGUCCACGGAACUUGCAUUAUUGAUGCGUUCUGUUGCCUCGGUGCCGGCGAAGACAGACAGACCGAACAGCCCUGGAGAGGGUUUUAG